UGGUAAUUCACAAUCUGUGGCACGGUUUCGCGACAGACAGCUGCCAAUGUGCACGUCACAUUCGAUUUCAAUUGAUAAUUUUCUCGUAUGCCUAUAAAAGAUUCAUUCAUCUUUAAUUUAUAGGUAGUGUCGGAUGCAUUGCAUGGCAGCUUGCGGGAGCUUGUAUCAAUUUUAAAGUAUAGAAUCGCGUGUGAUAUUGUUUAUAUUUUUUUCUUGUAAAAUUCCUGAAAUAUUAUUGGAUUCAAGUGACAUUGACAUGUGGACAGGCGGGAGAUUUAAGUAAAGUAACGUAGUCUCGAUUUCCGUGGCGGAUGGUAGUCACGUCAGUGGUUUGCAGAAGUUAUGUUCAGUGAAAGUAAACCGUGCAAUGCGGUUGUGCAGGUUUGGUGACGUUGUUAUUGCCAAUACAUGUUCAUGCCCUUGCGCGGUUGGCAACAUCCCAUAUACGAGAUCAAUUCCGCUUUGUUUACUUCCGCAAUAUCAAAGUUAAGACUGUUUGUGUUUUACUACAUAAAAGGAAAGGUACUUAAAUCAAGAUGACACCGUCAUUCACGAUGAGUGAAGGCGGUUUCGGAGUGGGCGACUACGUGGUGUUCGGAGUUCUCUGUGCAGCAUCCUGCGCUGGUGGAGUGUGGUACAGUGCUAUCGGCUCCAGAUCAAAAGCAGUAGUGGAUAUCAAGGAUUAUCUGCUCGGCGGGAGAUCGAUGUCGACCUUUCCCGUUGCCAUGUCUCUGAUAGCCAGUUACGUAUCAGGUGUGACGAUAUUGGGGACGCCGGCUGAAAUAUACAACUACGGCACGCAGUACUGGCUGGUGAUAAUAGGAGUCUCGCUGAGUUGCGCUGUGGUGGCUACCAUAUACCUACCGGUGUUUUGUACUCUCCGGCUAUCCUCGUCUUAUGAGUACCUAGAGCUGAGGUUCAACCGUCAUGUCCGGGCAGCCGCCUCGGUGUUGUUCCUUCUAGACGAGGUACUAUUCUUACCGAUGGUGGUCUUCGUUCCUGCGUUAGCAUUCAAUCAAUUGACGGGUUUCAGUGUAUUUGCAGUCGCUGGCGCUAUGGUUAUAAUUUGUGGCCUGUAUACAGUAUUAGGUGGAUUGAAAGCUGUAGUCUGGACGGACUCGGUGCAAACCGGUAUCAUGUUUAUCGGAGUGGUGCUAGUGGCAGCCGCCGGGACCAUCGCCGUCGGCGGUGUAAGGGAAGUCCUGGACAUUGCUAAUGAAUCCGGAAGACUGGAACUAUCUAAUUGGAGUUUCUCCCCAUACGAGCGUCAGACGGGCUGGGGUGCGGUAGUCGGCGGCUUCCUCUACUGGACCUGUUUCAACUCUGUGAACCAAACCAUGGUGCAGAGGUACAUCGCGCUGCCCAGCAAGAGGAAGGCUAUCGCUGCUCUAGGCAUAUUCUGCAUCGGUGCGAUCCUGGCGAUAUCUCUGUGCGUGUGGUGCGGCCUGACUGCGUGGGGAGCGUGGGUUCUCGGCGGUUGCGACCCUGGCGGCGUGCCCCUGGUCGAUGACAGACUGUUGCCCGCCUUCGUCACCUACGUGUCCAAGCUGCAACACCUCCCUGGUCUAGCUGGAGUAUUUCUGGCUGGAGUAUUUGGUGCUGGACUCAGUUCAUUAUCAGCAGUGUUGAACGCAUGCGCGCUUGUGGCAGUAGAAGAUAUCAUGCAUGGAUGGCUGCAGUUGAAACUCAAGCCGAUGACUGAAGGUAUUCUGGCGAGAGCUAUCACAGGCACCCUGGCUGUCAUAUCUGUCAUCAUGCUGUUCGUGAUACAGAAGCUUGGAGGCGUACUUGGCGUAGCGACAGCUCUAUCAGCGAUCGCGGCGAGUGCAACCUGCGGAGUCUUCACCCUCGGCAUGGUGUGCUGGUGGGUGGGACCUGCGGGGGCCCUGUCCGGGGCCGCGGCGGGGGCCAUCCUCGCCGGCACCGUGUCUCUGGGCACGCAGGCUGCGGCCGCCAGGGGCCUGCGGGCUCCACCGCUCAACCUCACCAUGGAGUGCGCCAGAAAUGCCUCCUUUGUUGGACUUGAGAAUACUAUUGACCCAGAAACAAUCUUCCCCCUAUUCCGAGUAUCAUACCACUGGAUCGCACCACUCGGUCUCAUCACCACACUGCUAGUUGGGAUGGUAGUGGGCUACUUCUUCGACAAGCCGUCCUCGUUGAAGAUGGACGCGGAACUGUUCACGCCAGUGAUGUGGCGCUGGCUGCCGUCAGAGGCACGGGACAAGGCUGGAGACACGAGAAGGGCGAGGGCGUCGUUAGAUGCUGCCACCCCCCACUCAGCUCCCCUCAUCCUGGCCACCGUCGACAAGAUUGAAAUGAAUGGCGUAACCAGUAGGUGAAAGAAGCGAUGAUAUCAACAAUUUUGUAUUUUUAUUCAUUGUGACUAAGAAAUUAUUCUAGUCACACAGUGAUGUAAUAAAAUUAAGAUAAUGAGUAAUUUUCGAAACUUAUACUUAAAAAUCGAUUUUGAAAGUAUUGUCGCUGGCGACGUUGUUAUGUAUUAUAAUAUUUAUUAUCUUUAUCAUGUUCGUAGAUGAUGUAUAUAAAAACUCUUUUGUAUGGACUUGGCUCUCUCUAAAAAGUUUUUAGCCUUUUAUGUAAUCAUUCCGUUUAUACUUUGUUUUUAAGAUUAACGAUGUUUCUACAAAAUAUAUAUGAACAUAUUAUUACAUUAUUAUUUUCUACACAAGAAUUCAAUAUCAUCGAUUGAUUUAAAUAUAUUAUUGUGGCAACACCGUCAAUGUUGUAUGUCAGUAUGUGCCAUCUAAAAGAGAGCCUUUUCUUUUGAAAGAGGAAUAUAUAAUUAUUGACGUUAUGGGACCAAGAUUAUAGCUAUUUAGUAUGAAUGUAAAAAAAGUAGCUUAAUUACAAAAAAUCAGAGACAAUACAAUACCUAUCAUAAGUAAUUAUAAUGACGUAUACAAAAUGUCGUUGCAAGUAUGUAAGAUAGUUUUGUAGAUCAAUAUUUAUUUAUUUUCACGACAGUGAAAAGAGAUCGAGUGAAAAAUUAUAUAAAAAUCAUAUUUUAUAAAUACAGUGUAACAAUGCCAAUUUUUAUAGGUGUUUACAAUACGUUAUUAUUAAGUUAAAUAAUUUUAGGUUAGAAUGUAAGAUAUUAUAAGCUACUUAAUUUACAAGCGUCAGUAUUGUACCGUACUUAAGUGUAUAAACGUGCCAAGCAAUUGAUAAUUCGAAAAAUAUAUCAAAUUUAAGUCGAUUAGUGACUUGUAACCUUAUCACAAAGCAGUUAAGUUUAUUAUCUUACUUUGCUAUUUCAUGAAAAAAUAAGAAUUAAGAAAAGACAAAUAACGAUAAAUUUAUUUCCCGCGCUUGUGAAGGGUCUACGAAACAAUCGUUUGGUUCCAAAGACAAUCGGUUAGUUCUCCUUGGUGAAGAUAUAAUGUCACUUUUUAUUUAAAGAUACAUUUUAAACAUACUUAUACUAGCAUCGGUGGAAGGUACGAAAUAGUUAUUUCAAUUUAAAUGUAUCCUCGAAUUAAUAAGUUCACAUUAAUUGUUGAGAUCUUUUAAUUAAUUUAACUUAAAUCUUUACAAGACUUAUAGCUCUUUAGCACUCGAAUGAACCUAAUACAAAGCCAUUUUUGAAAACCCAAGUGACAACUCUUGUCGGUUAAUAAAAUUCCUUCGCAUUGUUUAAAACGAUGGAAUCGUAACCCUAUUGUAUAACAACAUUCACUUUUUGAUAAUUUUAAACAGUCGAUUAUAGAAAAAAUGGAAAACUAUGUCAGAAGUAUUUUAGAGUUCCGUAUCAGAGGUUAAAAACGAGACUCUUACUUGUAUACAAUAUUGAAGAAUCUUUUCUAGUUAGAAAGUGCAUUCUUAAUGAAGAUAUUUUUCCAAUAACUUCACACAUAUGUAUAACGGGAGCUCCCAACAAACAACCAUAUUGUAAUUGCGUUUUUUUUUAAUAAUGGCGUGGACUCUUUUUCGCUUCUGUCCGCUUCGCAGAAGACCGGCUGUUUUCAUUCAUUUACUUACAACGUGUACUUAGUAAAGUUAAAACUUAAGAAUAAUUUAAGGCCUUGUGUUGUUUGCUUGGUUUUGUAUAGUAGUGUAUUCAUGUGAUUUUAAUAUGUUAGAUUUACAGUAUUUUGUUACGUACAAAGUGCAUUAAUUAUUACAAAAAUGACGUCAGCACAAUGUGAACUGGCUGUUUCUGUGGGUGAUAAUAAAUAAAAACUUUUUUUUUAAUAUUACAUUUUAUUAUGUAUGUGAUUAUAGUGAUAAGCGUCAUUGGACUGCACUAUUAUGUAUGGAAAUUACAUUUCUUUCCAAAAAAUCACGAGACUUUGACAUGUCAUCUCUUCAUUAAGACAAUCAAGAGAUGACUCAAUGGCAAGAAUGUCAAUCGGCUCGACAGACAGUUUAGCAAUUGCAUAUUCAGUUGAAUUAGAUUAUAACUUAGUGUAGGGAUUUUUUAUAAUUUUGAUAAAAAUUGUGUAUUUUAAUUAUCAAUGAGGUAUUAUAUAUAAUGUAAUUUAUACAAUCUGAAGUACCUUUGCGGCAUUUUUAUUUGAUCUCACAGAAGCAUUCAGUUAUAUCUUUAUAAUUAAAUAGACAAUAAGUAGAAUAACCAGUCGUUGGCUGUAUACAAUGUAUUUAUUAUGAACUAUAAGCUCGCACACAUUCAAAUAGUAAUCAUUUUCUAAAUAACAAAUGUUGUUGAUAGAACAUGUACCUGAAACUAUUAGAGAAGUUUGUAUGUUUUUACAUAUAACGUUCUACCGUACGAAUAUACAACAAUCAUGUACUUAUGUUAGGUACAGUAGGCAUCAGAUAACGAAGACAGUACGACGUACCGAGUUUAUUGUCAUCGUAAAAAGCACACGGCCCAUCGUGGUAGGCGCCCAAUUAAUUAAUGAGCCAACUUGAAAAUGAAUUACCCUAUUGGGACUCUUGAGGUGUGCCAGGUAACGGCACUUACCCGCUUCAUGCUUAAGACUCCAACAUAAAAUAAAAUUUUAUUGUUUUCCGUGUUUCGCUAUUCCGAGUAUCAUACCACUGGAUCGCACCACUCGGUCUCAUCACCACACUGCUAGUUGGGAUGGUAGUGGGCUACUUCUUCGACAAGCCGUCCUCGUUGAAGAUGGACGCGGAACUGUUCACGCCAGUGAUGUGGCGCUGGCUGCCGUCAGAGGCACGGGACAAGGCUGGAGACACGAGAAGGGCGAGGGCGUCGUUAGAUGCUGCCACCCCCCACUCAGCUCCCCUCAUCCUGGCCACCGUCGACAAGGUGAUACAAGUCAAUAAAUUGAAAUGAAUGGCGUAACCAGUAGGUGAAAGAAGCGAUGAUAUCAACAAUUUUGUAUUUUUAUUCAUUGUGACUAAGAAAUUAUUCUAGUCACACAGUGAUGUAAUAAAAUUAAGAUAAUGAGUAAUUUUCGAAACUUAUACUUAAAAAUCGAUUUUGAAAGUAUUGUCGCUGGCGACGUUGUUAUGUAUUAUAAUAUUUAUUAUCUUUAUCAUGUUCGUAGAUGAUGUGUAUAAAAACUCUUUUGUAUGGACUUGGCUCUCUCUAAAAAGUUUUUAGCCUUUUAUGUAAUCAUUCCGUUUAUACUUUGUUUUUAAGAUUAACGAUGUUUCUACAAAAUAUAUAUGAACAUAUUAUUACAUUAUUAUUUUCUACACAAGAAUUCAAUAUCAUCGAUUGAUUUAAAUAUAUUAUUGUGGCAACACCGUCAAUGUUGUAUGUCAGUAUGUGCCAUCUAAAAGAGAGCCUUUUCUUUUGAAAGAGGAAUAUAUAAUUAUUGACGUUAUGGGACCAAGAUUAUAGCUAUUUAGUAUGAAUGUAAAAAAAGUAGCUUAAUUACAAAAAAUCAGAGACAAUACAAUACCUAUCAUAAGUAAUUAUAAUGACGUAUACAAAAUGUCGUUGCAAGUAUGUAAGAUAGUUUUGUAGAUCAAUAUUUAUUUAUUUUCACGACAGUGAAAAGAGAUCGAGUGAAAAAUUAUAUAAAAAUCAUAUUUUAUAAAUACAGUGUAACAAUGCCAAUUUUUAUAGGUGUUUACAAUACGUUAUUAUUAAGUUAAAUAAUUUUAGGUUAGAAUGUAAGAUAUUAUAAGCUACUUAAUUUACAAGCGUCAGUAUUGUACCGUACUUAAGUGUAUAAACGUGCCAAGCAAUUGAUAAUUCGAAAAAUAUAUCAAAUUUAAGUCGAUUAGUGACUUGUAACCUUAUCACAAAGCAGUUAAGUUUAUUAUCUUACUUUGCUAUUUCAUGAAAAAAUAAGAAUUAAGAAAAGACAAAUAACGAUAAAUUUAUUUCCCGCGCUUGUGAAGGGUCUACGAAACAAUCGUUUGGUUCCAAAGACAAUCGGUUAGUUCUCCUUGGUGAAGAUAUAAUGUCACUUUUUAUUUAAAGAUACAUUUUAAACAUACUUAUACUAGCAUCGGUGGAAGGUACGAAAUAGUUAUUUCAAUUUAAAUGUAUCCUCGAAUUAAUAAGUUCACAUUAAUUGUUGAGAUCUUUUAAUUAAUUUAACUUAAAUCUUUACAAGACUUAUAGCUCUUUAGCACUCGAAUGAACCUAAUACAAAGCCAUUUUUGAAAACCCAAGUGACAACUCUUGUCGGUUAAUAAAAUUCCUUCGCAUUGUUUAAAACGAUGGAAUCGUAACCCUAUUGUAUAACAACAUUCACUUUUUGAUAAUUUUAAACAGUCGAUUAUAGAAAAAAUGGAAAACUAUGUCAGAAGUAUUUUAGAGUUCCGUAUCAGAGGUUAAAAACGAGACUCUUACUUGUAUACAAUAUUGAAGAAUCUUUUCUAGUUAGAAAGUGCAUUCUUAAUGAAGAUAUUUUUCCAAUAACUUCACACAUAUGUAUAACGGGAGCUCCCAACAAACAACCAUAUUGUAAUUGCGUUUUUUUUUAAUAAUGGCGUGGACUCUUUUUCGCUUCUGUCCGCUUCGCAGAAGACCGGCUGUUUUCAUUCAUUUACUUACAACGUGUACUUAGUAAAGUUAAAACUUAAGAAUAAUUUAAGGCCUUGUGUUGUUUGCUUGGUUUUGUAUAGUAGUGUAUUCAUGUGAUUUUAAUAUGUUAGAUUUACAGUAUUUUGUUACGUACAAAGUGCAAUAAUUAUUACAAAAAUGACGUCAGCACAAUGUGAACUGGCUGUUUCUGUGGGUGAUAAUAAAUAAAAACUUUUUUUUUAAUAUUACAUUUUAUUAUGUAUGUGAUAAUAGUGAUAAGCGUCAUUGGACUGCACUAUUAUGUAUGGAAAUGACAUUUCUUUCCGAAAAAUCACGAGACUUUGACAUGUCAUCUCUUCAUUAAGACAAUCAAGAGAUGACUCAAUGGCAAGAAUGUCAAUCGGCUCGACAGACAGUUUAGCAAUUGCAUAUUCAGUUGAAUUAGAUUAUAACGUAGUGUAGGGAUUUUUCAUAAUUUUGAUAAAAAAUUGUGUAUUUUAAUUAUCAAUGAGGUAUUAUAGAGAGUAUGAUAUAUAAUGUAAUUUAUACAAUCUGAAGUACCUUUGCGGCAUUUUUAUUUGAUCUCACAGAAGCAUUCAGUUAUAUCUUUAUAAUUAAAUAGACAAUAAGUAGAAUAACCAGUCGUUGGCUGUAUACAAUGUAUUUAUUAUGAACUAUAAGCUCGCACACAUUCAAAUAGUAAUCAUUUUCUAAAUAACAAAUGUUGUUGAUAGAACAUGUACCUGAAACUAUUAGAGAAGUUUGUAUGUUUUUACAUAUAACGUUCUACCGUACGAAUAUACAACAAUCAUGUACUUAUGUUGUUACGAAAAUAAAUGAAAAUUAUACCAUAAA